GCAGCCCCAUCACUGGUGGGUGAGGUUGAAGGCAGCAGACUGACUCUUGUGUACACUUGGCUCUGGUUGUGAGCAGACGUCAGUAGUGGAGUCUUCCCUCUCACCCACUUCUGAUAUUUUCAUACUAGGCUGCUAACUUCGUGAUAUUUUCAAGCAGGUAAGAUGACUCGUGUGGACCCAUCACUGAUGAGUCCCACAGGGGAGGUGAUAGGCGAACACAAGCCCCAGGAACAUCCUCAACCUCAGCCAUCAAACACUAAGUCCCUCCAACUCCACUCUGAUAGCAUUGACUUGGAAGACAGAUACGAAGGGGGAUGCUGGCAGGUGCGGUACACACUAGCCAUCCUGGCCCUGGUGGGUAUUGCUCUCAUGUACGCUAUGCGGGUAGUACUUUCCAUCGCAAUUGUGGCUAUGGCAGGUUCCCAGGAACACCAUGGUAAUGUCACCCACGAGGCCUCCAACAUGUGCCCAGCCUCCAACCAACUCGCUGACACCAACACCUCUGGCAUCACAAAACAAACUAAAAUAGUGGGAGAGUUUGACUGGGAUGAAUCCAUCCAAGGAGUGAUCCUGGGAUCCUUCUUCUGGGGAUACUGCUGCACCAACAUCCUGGGUGGACGGGCAGCUGAGUAUAUGGGAGGAAAGUUGGUGUUUGGCUCGGGCAUCGUACUGUCUGCCCUCCUCACUGUUCUUACUCCAUUGAGUGCCAGGUUCUCUACUGAGCUCUUAAUUGCUGUCAGAGUCAUCAUUGGCAUUGUACAGGGAGUGGUGUUCCCAGCCAUUAACUCCAUGCUGGCCACCUGGGUCACUCCCACAGAGAGAAGCAGGUACAACACCAUCAUCUUCUCAGGUUUCCCACUGGGCACCGUGAUUUGUUUGCCUGUGGGUGGUUGGUUGUGUUCAUCGGGUUUCUUGGAUGGCUGGCCAUCGCCCUUCUACCUGUUCGGUGGGCUGGGUCUUAUAUGGGGUGUCGCUUGGUUCCUGUUGAUACAUGACCGGCCUGAGCAUCAUCCCAGGAUCUCUAACAAGGAGUUGGCUCAAAUUCAGUCAUGUGAAAAAGACAUUAAGAGAGCAGAGGUUGUGGCCAUACCAUGGAAGGAUAUUGCACUCUCGCUGCCUUUCUGGGGACUGAUGGCUGGAUCACUAGGCUAUGACUUUGGCUUCUACACCCUCCUCACUGAGCUGCCAACCUACCUCAAGAACAUCCAGCACUUUGAUAUGAGCCAGAAUGGGUUGAUGUCAUCACUGCCAUUCCUAGUAAUGUGGCUGUGGGGUUAUGUCUGGGGCUCAUUAAUGGACAGACUCACUGCAGCCAGUCUCCUCCCACUCCUGAGUAUUCGUAGACUUUCCAUGGCAUUGGCAAUGUAUGGUCCAAUGAUUGGUUUGGUGGUGAUGUGUUUCGUCAACUGCAAUACGGUUCUGGCCAUGGUGGUAUUGUGCAUGGCAGUAGGAAUCAGUGGGAGUGCCAACUGUGGAUUCCUUUGUUCACACCAAGAGCUUGCUCCUAACUUUGCUGGAACACUAUUGGGCUUUACCAACACACUCGGAUCUUUUGCUGGCAUCCUGGCACCCAUGAUCACUGGCAGCAUCACUGAAGGAAAUCAAACCCUGAGUGCGUGGAGGUCAGUCUUCCUCAUCACAACGGCUGUUUACUUGGUCACCAACACCCUCUAUAUCAUCUUCAUAUCAAAUAAGGUCCAGCCAUGGAAUGAACCCAAGUCUGACAAAGAAGGCAAAGAAUACAUCAUAGAUCAAGAGACCAAAGUAGCAAUGGUAUCAGAUGAAACUAGGGAAACCUUAUUGGAAAAGAGUGAUCAUGAAGAAUGCUAGAACUGCAAAUGGCACGUCCGAAGGAGAAGCGUACCGAAAAAACCAAUUCACCUUAUCACAAGUCAUGUUGUGUUUCACGUAGUAUCAUGAAUCAUUUAGGGUAUCAUCUUUCAUACAUUGUUAUAGUGUCCUGAGCAUCACAUAAAUGCAGCUGUAGUGCUGCAAUAUUGAGACAGUGGCAACUACAAGUGCACAUGACAAGGUACAGUAUAUACAAUGAGAUGUGUAUUCAUAUACUGUAUAUACACUGAGAGAUCUUUUUCAUUUGGUGUACUGGAAAUGGAUGAAUAUCUGUGCAUAUACAUCAAAAAGGUGUGUAUAUACACCAAAAGAUGUGUAUCUCUGUAUAUACAUUGAUAGACAUGAUUUCAUGGUGUCCACAUGGUACUUUAAUACACUAAGUUGUCAAGUGUACAAAUUAAUUGCAGCCUUAAUGGCCCAUGUAAUCAGAUAGGCUUAUCCUAACAUACUAAGUACACAUGAUGAUAUACUGUAUCACAUGCCAUUCUUGGUACAUUACCAGGUCAUAAAUAGUACUGCAUUACUCAAAAUGAAUACAAAUGUUCUGCUUCCAUAAUACAGUAUUGUUGAAAUAAUGUAAGCAACCUAUGGAAAUUCAUGAAAUAGUUUCCCCUCAAGAUAGGGUCCUUGAUGCUAGUGAAAAGCUCUUGAUCUAAAACAUUUAACCUGAUCUCCCCUUCCUUGGAUUGAAUCUGGUUGUCCCCCAGUACCAGUUACAUUUCUGUACCUAGAUUAUGUUCAUGGGGAAGCACUAAACUCUUAAUGGUUAUACAGUGCAUGGGGAAUGGGAGGCAAGUCAGGUGGGAUCUAAGAAAUAGGAAGGAGCUCCACUUAUUUGGAUCAAGAGCCCUUUACUAUCAUCAAGGCACCCCUCUUGAUAGGAGUAUCAGCACAAAAAGGUUUGAUUAUUCAGGUUGUGUUGUUUAUAGUCUUUGAGGAUGAGCUGCCUGGUGAUCUACAGAAUUUUAGUUAAUAUUAUUUAGAUUGUAACAGAAUCCUGAAAUGGAAUUAUAUCAGAUAUACCUUCAGACAUUUGUCCUGCCGUAAUAUUAUUACUUCCACCAAGUGUUGUCUUUCAAUUAUAGUUAGAAUUUACUCUUAAGAUUUUAUGUAUCCAUUGUAGAGCAUGGCUAAACAUUUAGCCUCUUUCAACAAUUGUUUAAAUAAUUUUUGGUGCAGAUAGGGAAAAGUUUAUAUAGUACAUUGUGAAUUUUGUUUGAAUUGUAUGACACUUUUUAUUUUAUUUAAAGAAUCAGCCAUUUGGGAUACAACUAUGUGGUACACUGUACGUAUAUUGUUUUUACGUUCACUUCUCCUAUUAUGUUAAAGCUUUAUAUUUCUUAACAAUUUUGGCAUUAUUUUACAAUGUGAUAUAUUUUUUAGAUAUGGUGAGGGGGUCAAAAAAGUUAAUUAUUUUUGUUGUAGUUAAUGGCCAUGAGGGAAUGAGCCAUAUCGAGCCCUACCUCCUGGAAUCUGAAUCCGAAACAUUGCUCAAUCUGGUUAUAUAAAGAAAAAGGAGUAAGCAUUCCCAAAAAUAUAAUAGAAACUGUUCUGUUGACCUAUUCAGGGUGAGACGCUUGCAACCCGUCAAAGUCAGUGAGUUGGUUUUCCCUAAAGAGCUAUAUAUAUAAUAUUUGCAGUGUAGAAAAGGGAACUAGUGUUUAGUGUCCCAUUGAGAAUGCUUAACUGGCAAAUGAAUAGGAAAUAUUGUGCUUCAAAAAGUUACUGGAACUGUGCUACUAAUGUCCAAGGUUGUGAGAAGCCUACACUACUUCAGGGGUGAAGAAUGAGUACUGUUAUUUUAAAAGUUAAAACAAAUAAUAUUUUAAAUUGUCAGAAAGAGCCUAUUCAAGUGCCAUGCAUUGAAAUUUUUAAAUAUUGUAUAACGAAAUGUCAAAAAGUUGGGAGUGGAGUGGACUUGUCGGCAGAUGGUUCUGUGAGGUGAACCAUGGAACUGACAAAGGUAAGAAUGGGUAGUGCAUUGAUGCAUCUGUGGAAACAAAGAAGUUGAUCUAUGCAGGCAAAAAGGGAAAUGUACCACAGUAUAGUGGUCCCAACACUGUUGUAUGGGUGUCAAGCAUGGGUUUUGAAUGUAGUAGUCAGGAUGAGGUGACAGUAGAGAUGAUGUGUUGGAGGACAGUGUGUGGUGUGAAUAUUAUACAGAGAAUUUGGGGUUUGGAGAUUAGGUGUGGAGUCACCAAAGGUAUUAUUCGGAGGGCUGAAGAGGGUGUUUAAAGUUUUGGUGGAAGGAAGAAGGGGUAGGGGUCAUCUUAGGAGAGGUUGGAUGGAGGGGAAAGAGGUUGUUUUGAGUACUAGAGGUUGGGACAUGCAAUAAGCUUGUGUGAGUGAGCAUGUUAGGAGUGAUUGGAGGCAAGUGGUUUUGAUGAUUUGAUGUUCUGUUUGAGUAUGAGAAAGGAAACAUUUAUGAAGAAAUUAAGGGAAACUAGUUAGCCAGACUUGAAUCCUGGAGGCAGGGAGAACAGUGCCUGCACAUUGACAGAGGAACAGAGACGUCAUUUGGAAGGUCACUUGAACUGUGAUGGUGGCACCCUUCCGGCAAGACAGUGAUUGAAUGAGUGACAUUGGAAAUGUCUUCCUCUUUGCCCAGUCACCUUACCUCGGUGGGAGAUAGCCAGAGUGUUAGAAAAAAUAAGAAAACUCAAUUUUGAGUAGAUAAGUUUCAAAACUUUUUGUUAUAUAAGCAUGCACAUGAAGACAUAUAUGCACACAUGACCAAAAUGAUGAAUGGGUCCAUGUUAUAUAUAGACUGUCAGAAGUCAGCAGCAAAUUGUCUCCACUAGCUUAAGCUAAUGUUCAGAUAUGGAAGAAACAUAAAGAUGUGUUAGGCAUUUCAAUAAAAAAUACCGUUUACAGUAUUAUAAGGUAAUACAACAUUGUAUGAAAAAUCUAUUUUUGUAUUUUGUUUUACUAAAAUAUUACUAUACAGGAAAAUAUAAAAGUACUUGUACAAUAAGCACAUAGAUCAAUAAGAUCAUAUGAUAAUUGUAUAUCAGUUGUUAUGCACAAAUUGAUAAGUAUUUCACCUGGCUCUAUAAUUCACCUCAGUGCUGUAUAGCUCUUGUGGCUUAGCGCUUCUUUUUGAAUAUAAUAAUAAUAAUAAUAAUAAUCUAUAAUUCACCUUGUCUUCCAGCUUGCUCUCCAGUAAUGGCAAAUACUACUGGAAAGACCCUUAAUAUACUGCAUAUUUUAUUAGUGGGAAAGGCACUCAACCCAUUGAGGUUAAACAGUGCUGGCAUUUUAAGAGAAAAUACUCUUGUCAUUUACACCAAAGAAUAUGCUGGCGUGUUCAUUCAUAGACUGUGUGUGUGGAAGACAGCCUCCCAAGCAAAAUUGAUGCACUUCUUUACAUCAUGUAAAGAUAACCCAGUCUCAGGAAGAAGAGGAGCCUUGAUAUCCUGUAUUAAGGUCUAGUAAAUUUUGGUACUGACACUAUAAAACUAUAUUUAAUUUUUCAUUUCACUAUACAGGACUACGUCUUUACACAGUACCCACUCAGCACUUUUAAUACCGUGCAGUUGUUUUAUGUUCUCAAUUUUCGUACCAAGGGAUUUUCCUGUUCUUACUGAGAAGCAGUCUUGUCCAGAUAAUUUUAUAAAAAGUUUUUCCUACUAAAAAUGUUACUUAUAUUCACAAAAAAAAAAAAAUGCAGAACUUGUAUGUUUGAAUCGUUCAGCACUUUAUUUCGACACCAAUAUGGUAACUACAUUUAUACAUUGAAAAUAACUUUCAAAUAUCCUUACUCUUGCAAGCCUAGAUUAUAUUCCAUAAAUACCUAUAUGGGUGCAGUGAUUUUCUUGCAAAUAUAAUAUCUUUAAGUAUCAUUAGAGAAGGUGAAUAUUUCACAAACCAGACAUGUUGUAUAGUAUCUUAGAUUUCCAUUGUCCGUUAGAAUAAUAAAAUCCUUCCAAAUAUAUGUAGUCUUUUGAAAUGUAGAAUAACUGGCAUUCCUAGUUCCAUGAAAAAGUUUAGUAUAUACAGUACUUGAGAAAUUGUAAUUUACACUGCUGCUCUGAGAUGUAGUAAAACCUGUUUAAAAAUAACUGAUCCCUGCUUUUUGUUAAUGUUCUAAAAAUGAUAAUGUAUUGUCACCAACAAUGGAGUUGUCUAAGAAAAGUUACAUAUGGUAACUCGUCAGCCUGAUUUCUUUUUUAAUAAUUAACUAGACUCGUGUGACUUUCUUGUCACACCAUAGACCAAAACAGUACAUGUACAUGUUAAACUUGUUAGCCAAAAUGUUGCUGAUAUCAGUAUUUCAGAAAAGGUAAACAUGAAAUAAUAUACUGUAGCUUGAAGAUCAAAAUACUAUACGUAUUUUGAUUUAUGCAUUACAUGCUGAUAUUGGCAGUUUGGAGGGAUAUGUUGUGUAUCUUUAUAUGUUUAUGCUUCUAGACUGUUGUAUUCUGAGCACCUCUGCAAAAACAGUGAUAAUGUGCGAGUGUGGUGAAAGUGUUGAAUGAUGAUGAAAGUAUUUUCUUUUUGGGGAUUUUCUUUCUUUUUUGGGUCACCCUGCCUCGGUGGGAGACGGCCGACUUGUUGAAAAAAAAAAAAAAAAAAAAAAAUGCUGUAUGUUUAAAGUUUUAAAUUAUAAUAAUUAUACUUCAUGUAACAUUAAAUGUUCAGGUUGAAACUACAUGUUCUAUGUUUGAGAAUUUUAAAUUCUGUGGCUGAAACAAAAUGCUGAUAGUGUACCUAGCAUCAGAAUUCAUAUUUCUCAACCCUGUCAUUAAUACUAUAAGCUUCAUGUCUCAACCUCCAUGCUGCAUCCUAUAAACAUGAGAAAUACUAUAUACUAUAUUGCACAUUCACUGGGUGUCCUGCUGAGGAUGGACAGGCACCUAGCAACAUCUGUUGUUGGGGCCUGGAGUUUACCUGGAGAGAGUUUCGGGAGUCAACGCCCCCACACCCUGGUUUGUAAUGAGGCCUCAUAGUGGAUCAGGACCUGAUCAACCAGGCUGUUACUGCUGGCUACACGCAAUCCAACGUACGAGCCACAGCCCAGCUGGUCAGGUACUGACUUUAGGUGCUUGUCCAGUGCCUGCUUGAAGACAGCCAGGGGUCUGUUGGUAAUCUCCCAUUAUGUAUGCUGGGAGGCAGUUGAAUAGUCUUGGGCCCAUGACACUUAUUGUGUUGUCUCUUAACGUGCUAGUGACACCCCUGCUUUUCAUUGGGGGGACGUUGCAUCGUCUGCCGAGUCUCUUGCUUUCGUAGCGAGUGAUUUUCAUGUGCAAGUUUGGUACUAGUCCCUCUAGGAUUUUCCAGGUGUAUAUAAUCAUGUAUCUCUCCUGCCUACGUUCCAGGGAGUACAGGUUCAGGAACUUCAAGCGCUCCCAGUAAUUGAGGUGUUUUAUCUCCGUUAUACGUGCCGUGAAGGCAAUAGAUGAAUUCCCCACAAUGUUUGUUAACUGCUCAUUACUCUGUAAUUUGUUCAUAAUUGUAACCAUGUAUUAACGUGUUUAUGAUUCAUUACCUUUGAAACUUGCCAUGAUUGUGACCAGCUCUACCUGGAGCUCAUUUCCUUUGUAAAUCUCACGAUUAACGUGUUUAUGAUUCAUUACCUUUGUAAUUAGUCAUGAGUGUGACCAGCUCUACCUGGAGCUCAUUACCUUUGUUACUUGGCCAUGACUGUGACCAGAUCUAGUUCAUUACCUUUGUAACUUGCUCAGCUCUCAAAACUUUGGAGUCCAGUCCCUGGACAAAUUAUGUACCUCUGUAAUCUUUUGACUACCGUCCACAGGAUGGGUGUGAGGUGCAUAAUAAAGAUAUUAAAGUAACUACCUAUAUUAGAUGUCACACCAUGCAGUGAUACAGGGCAGCAAGGUUUGUUAUUUAUUGAAUACAAACAAGUCAAAUAAUGUGUGUUCAGGUGGGCCCCAUUUAUAAAGUAGGUUAGGUUCUGGGCUACUGCUGUAAAGUGAAGCAUAGCUUUUUUUCCACUUUCAAAUGCAUAUAAAAGCCUGAUAACAUGUUUACAUUAUCAUAUACUAAGUGAGCAAUAGAGCUAGGCCUAAAAAAAGGCAUAUACAGUACACACAUUACUUAAAAUAUUUUCAUCCUUAGCUUAUAUGUAGUUAGUCUAAAUAAAUGAAGAAUGGGUAUACAGUGGUACUCUGAGUUAUAAGCAGCUCCCAACUUAAACAAUUAUAUUUAAGUGUAUUUUUGUAAGUGUUUUUGUAAGUGUAUUUUUGGGGGUCUGAAACGGAUUAAUCUAAUUUUCAUUAUUCCUUAUGGCAGUGGUAUUCAUUGCGCGGCUCGCGAGCCGCCAAUAACAAGAUAUGCAGGCUAAUAUUACCAUGUCUAAUUUUUCUCAUUUACUAUAUUUCACUAGCAGCUCAGUACUACUUAAUUUAGUUGAGUUACGCUAACUUGCAGUAGCUGCUGCUCUCUCAAUCAACGUUUAACCGAAGUGGCUCUCUUGCAAAAAUUAGUGAAUAACACUGCCUUAUGGGAACAAAUUUAUUCGGUAUUGAAACUCGAACAGCCUUCUGGAACGAAUUAAGCUAGUAACUCGAGGUGCCACUCUAACUGAAAGCUGCUGCAUUAGCAAAAUGCCAUAAAGUGAAGCACUGUAAAGCUGAGUCCUCCUGUACUGUAUACGUCUGUGGUACAAUAUAUUAAAAAAUGUAUGAAUUAUUCUUAAAUGUUUAACAUUUGAGUAUUAAAGACAGAGUAAUGUAAUGUAUGUAUUGUAUGUUUACUUCAGAUGCAUUUGGGUUUUAUAAAUGUGAAGUGGUGUUAAGAAAUAUGAGGGUAAUACACUUAAUUCACAUGGGAAAGUGUUAAACCCACAUGUUGAUCAAGCGAUAGAAAUUGAAUGAAUAAAUAAGUAAUGACAGGAAUACCUCAGAAUUUAUACAGAAGUUAAAAUUUCAAGUGUGUCAUUGUUCAUGUUACUAAAUACAAUUUUCACAAUAAAACAUUAAACCUCUAUGGAUCAUAAGGUGCUGCUGUACAUAUAAUAAACAUCUGAAGGUUUACAGCUAGUUUAAACCCGAGUGAUAUUUUAACAAUGGGUUUUGCUUGCUUUUUUUUUUAAAGUUUGGAUUAGUAUUAUUAUUAUUACAAUCAAAACUAAGCACAAAUUUUAAGUUUGGAAUGUUUAUAUGUAUGUAUCUUUUUCUUUUAGAAGGAAAAAUACUUGGUGUAUAAAUAUUAUUUUAAAGUAUGUACAGUAUUUAUAAUGAAUUUAAUCCUAAGUUUUGAAAAAUAAUACAGUGGAUAUGCAAAUAAUAUUUAUACACAAACCAAUAUAAAAAUAUUAUUGUACAUAUAUAAAAUGACCUUUUUUCCACUUGUGUAUGAAAGCUGAUUACUAGAUCCUACUGUAUUUUAUGAUCAUUAUUUCAUGCCUACAUUUUUUAAUAAAUUCUAAAGACAGCAAAA